AUGAAGACCAACCGACACGCUCUCUUUACCAAAUUUCAGACAACAAAUUGGGUCUGUUGCCUGUUGGUUGCGUACAUAUGCCUCGUCGAGGCCAGAUACAAGAUGAGAAGACCUCCGCUUCCACCGCCGCAACCGCUGAAAUUGAUGUACAAGAAGUCCUGGCCGAUCGCCGCCCACAGGAUCUCGGUGGGGAACACGAUGUACAUCAAUGGUAACUUCCCGCCAAAACGGAUGGCUCAUAAGCCUCCUAAUUACAGAAUUCGUCGGCCACCGAUGUUCAACGUACCCCAUGCCAUUUGGAAGAAUCAAAUGCCAAUUCGAGCUUCUAUGAACAACAUCGCUGUUCUUCCGCAGCGUCCACCCGUUAAAGAGUUUCACACAGUGAACAAAAUGCCGGAAUUUAGCCCAGAGUACAGACCGGAAGCCGCGGUUCUACCGCCAACUCACAGAGGCGGUGUCGACGACGACAAAGGACCAAUUCAUACUAUUCCAGCACCUAAUCUCAGCCCCAUGGACAAGCCUUUCAAUAACGAGGCGAACGUACAGAUGGCUCCUCAACGCCAGCUUACCACCGACUCUACUUACAAAGUUAAUCCUCACGGAUCGUUGGUACAAAAUUUCGAUAUCGCUACGAUAAGCACAAGUUUGGCACCGCAAAGAACAGUGACCAGUCCUACGCCGACUCAUCAUCAGUACGAAGUCACCGAAAGUAACGAUAUUAAUCAGAAAGAAUAUCAAACUAUUCUACCGACGUUCCUGCCCCCGGAAUACGCAACAGGGCUCUCGACUAUAGUGAAUCCUGAUCUGCAAUCGAACGACGUCUAUUUGAAUAAUCAUCCAGCGUCGAACAUAGGCCUGAUCGGAACCAACAUUCCGCUUGGACAACAGAACCUACCGAUGCAAACGAAUCUUCACAGUUCUCUUCACGUUGGUUUCCCAGGCACGGCUGGCCAAACGCCGUACAUCAUAAAUCAACAAAUACCUGAUUUACACGUUGGCCAUCCAGCUCCAGCUGGUCCGCCGCUCUCGGCAACGCAACUUUACGAUCUAUUGAACAGUUUCCCUCAAAAAAUACCAGAACAGUACCAGAUGGGUCAACAGCCGCAACUUCAACAACACAUACUUCAGCAGCAACUCGGUCAAUUCUUCCAACCUACCGGCGUAACAGGUUUCUCUCAGCCUCAGAUGCAAUCCUUCAAUUACGACGAGCAAGAUAACAAGGAGCAGCAGCAACAGCAGGUUUUGUUCAAUCAGGAUUACGUAGCUGAAAGAGUUAACACCAACUACAAUGUGGGAUCAGAGGCUUCCGUAGACGAUCAGGAAGCCAACAAUCUGCGCCAGAACGAGGAUCUCGCGUAUAUCGCCGACGGGCCAGAACAAUUGGAGAACAAUAUCGAAUACGACGAAACGAACGAGCAGAACAGUCAGACAACGUACUACAACAAAGUCGCUAACGAUGAUGGCAUAUCCACGCAAUUCUACACGACGCUACCGAAUCGCGAGGCAGCCGAAAAGCUGGCAGCGUUAGCAGCAGCUGGAAACGUCAAUAGUCAACUGAUAGGACAACUUCGAAAACAACAACAACAACAGCAGCAGCAGCAACAACAGCAACAGCAACAGCAACAACAGCAACAGCAACAGCAACAAGAAACUACACUUAACGAGGAACCCAUACCUCCCAAUCACAAACACGAGGAGUACGAAACGGAUCAAGAAACUAACGACGACGAUCGCUACGAUCACAAGUCUCACCAAGAUCGAGCGCAGAAUCGACAGAAGCAACGACAUAAUCAGCAAGAGCAGGAGUACGAGGAAGAACGAAAAGAGUACGACAGGCAUCGUCAACGCCAAAGCAGCGUGUAUAGUAUUAAACGACCACUGAGAAUUAUGGUGCCGGAUGAAAACGAGUAUAGCAACGGGGAGUUGCAAAAUGAAGAGACAAAGCAAAACACAGAGGUCGAGUACGAAUAUGAGAACGAGGAAGCUGACGUUACAAACUCGGGAUCCGACGGUUCUUUCGAUGGGAGAACAACUUACGAUCAGUCGAACGGUGAAUUUGGAUCACGUUUGAAUCCGAAGAGUGCGAUAUAACACCGCUGUUGAACAGUAUUGUGUAUGCAAAGUGGUAUCAAACAAUUCCUGUACUGAUUCCAUAAAGGAUGACAGACUAAUUACUCAAAUUAUUUCUCUUGAAAAUUAAUGCAACGAACACACCGAUUCCGUCAUCGAUGGAACUUCUAAUAGUCGUCUUUCUUAAUAUUGCUCGAGAUAAUCCUCCUCUUCCGGGAUUCUCUUCAACUGUGCGAAAUCACCUUAGAGCUGCGUCUGGAUUUUAGAAGCAAUGAAAAAGCUGCAGAUAGUAAAAUUAGAAAAAUCAAAAAGGUUUUGUUCUUUCUUAGAAUUUGCCAAAGUUGAGGACAUUCAGGAAGAAAUAAUUAUGGUGAAUCGUAUGAAGACUUUUAUGAGAUGAAGCUCCCCAAUAGGAACAGAAUCAGCGAAACUGUUGCAUUAACUGCCGAAGGAACUAUUUUGAGAUGGAUGCUGGCCAUUAAAAUCACACGUUAAUCUGUCUCUUUUUAUACUGUCAGGAAAUUGUUUAAUACCAGUUAGCAUAUCAUAAAUAUUUAUUACAAUCCUAUUAAUCGGUUAGCUUUGUUCAGGGUUUUUGUUCAAUCGACUUGACAACGAUAAAGUUUCUCUAAAAUGGAAAAUUAGGGGCUGUUUUAGCAAGGUACGUCGAUAGAACUUGCUUCCGUCGACGAUACGUUGAAAACAGUCACGCGGAGAAUAUAGUAAUUUAUUUAAGAUUAUUUAUUGUUAGAUAAUUCGUUAUUGUUACUCGCUCUUGGUUGUAAAAGAAGGGACAGAUGCUGCCAUUGAUUUACAGAAUUCAUUUUUUAUUUAAAUCAUUGCGCUUCAUCAACUUGAGCUACACUUAUAUGUAUAUGUAUAUACAUAUGUAUCAAUGAGAUAAUCUAUAUGGUACAAGAGCCAUUUCGGGUACAAACAAAAAUCUAACGAGAUUUUAUUUUUCAAGGAUCCUGUUCCUUGUUCUUUAUCUCAUUUUAUAAAAUUAGCCAAAAAAACAACCGCUUCGUAAAAAAUAUCUUACUGGAUACAAUUUGAAUUGUUAAUUUUGAAGUUGAGUCCUGAAAAAACAAAUCUCGCUCGAAGAAAAACAAAA